AUGAAAACCACUUUGACGCAAAAUAACCGCAACGCUUUCCUCACACAUCUUAUCAUUAAUAGAAUAGGGAAACCGUCGUUGAAGGCGUUCCUUUAUGCGUAUCUUUAUUUGGUACUUCCUAAAGCAAUCAAGGCCAUUGUUAGUGCAGUGAGAAAGGGCAAGUACGAUAGGUUAAUACCAAGAAUAAAAAAGACCAUGAUAAAUGCGUUGCACCCUCGCAAGUUCCCAGUAUUUGCUGCAAGUUUAAUCACAGGUAUAAAUGUUUUGGAGCCAGUGGUGUACGGACUUCUUCGGAAAUCCAAGUUUCUAAAGAGGCCGUCAUCAGCAUUAUUCGUCUCAACGUUGAUAUCAGCUUUAGCGUCGGCCCUAGUCACAUUUCCUUUGUUUCAAAGCCAUGUUGUUGGUUUGGGCAGAUACAAUUCACUAGACCUCACCUUGUUGGUAGCCACUAGAGCCCUAGACACAGUUUUUUCCUCAACCAUGUCUCAUGUUACACCCGCUGGUAUUAGCAAAUAUGGCGAUGCCUUACUUUUCAUUGUCAGCAGCACCUUAGUUAUGUUUUCUUGGUUCUAUCAUCCAGAAAAAUUGCCUCCUGCGUAUUCCAAAUGGAUAACCUCUGCUGCAAACAUGGACCCCGAAUUUAUUGAGGUAUUGAGAUUGGUUAGAGACAAGGACUUGAUUUAUGGUCAACACGGUCCCUACGAAGACUUUUUGGGUCCAUACUUUGUUCGAUAUGGCAGGGAUCCGAAAGGAGGAAAUACCGUGCUAAACCAACCAAUAGAUUGCGAGGCUGUACACGCAUUCAAGACCAAGAGCUGUGAACUUCAUGCGUUAUGGAGAUUUUGGAGAGGCUUCAAAUUUGCAAUCACCGUCUAUGGACCACUUAAUUUGUUCAUGUUGGUUUUUCCACUGAAGGCAAAAACAUCAACGAGAUUGGUCAGAGCACUAAAGUCCUCUAUUCGCUCAUCAUGCUUUUUGGGUGCAUUCAUUGGCUUUUAUUGGUAUGGGGUAUGUUUGGCAAGAACAAGAGUGUUACCCAAAUUGUUUCCCAAAGUACCUAGAACAAGGUUCGACGAUACCAUCUGUGCCGCCUCAGGUGCAGUCAUGUGCGGCUUGUCCUCCUUUUUCGAAACUCCACAAAGAAGAAAAGAGUUGGCUUUGUUUGUUGCUCCAAGAGGAUUGGGUACCUUGAUUCCAUCUGAGCCUUCAAAAAGUAACUUGAAGAUUGAAAGUUUCGUUUUUUCCAUUUGUUUGGCCAUAUUGGUUGCGUAUUCCAGAAACAAGUCUUCAAGUGUUAGAGGUAUUUUCGGUAAGGGUCUCAAGCAGAUAUUUAACGUUCAAGAAUAUAAUUGA